AUGGUUUCUCUAAAAGAUAUCGAGGUCUCAAAUAAGGGCAUCGAAGCCUUAGGGCCCGAUUUAGUCGCGGUGUUCGUAGGAGCGACAAACGGCGUGGGCGAGACCACAUUGAAAAGAUUUGCGAAGCAUGCGCUACGGCCACGAGUGUACGUUGUCGGGAGGUCACAAGAGGCAGCCGACCGUAUUCUCACCGAAUGCCGUGCUUCCUCUAAUGGCGGAACCUUCACGUUUAUCAAGGGCGAUACCAGUCGCAUGUCCAACAUUGACGAUAUAUGCAAUCAGAUCACACACUCUGAGAAAGCCAUCAACAUUCUUUGUCUAACCAUUGGCACCCUCCAGAUAGGAUUCGAUACAGAAGACGGGCUGCAUUAUCCCAUGGCUCUCACAGUCUACGCACGCCACCGAUUCGUAUCAAAUCUGCUACCCUCAUUGCGUCGUGCAGACCGGCUACGUCGCGUCGUUUCCGUUUUCGGGGCAACCUUCGAGGGCACAAUCGAUAUGAAUGACUUCCAAGGCUCAAGCAAAGGCUGGCCGAAACUUCAAGCACACAUGGCCUCAAUCAUCACUCUGUCUCUCGAAGCAUUCCAGAAAGCCGCACCAGAAGUGUCCUUCGUCCACAAUUUCCCCGGCGCAGUGGAGUCCGGUAUUACACGCGGUUCGAUCGGGCCUCUGAUGCGGACGCUAAAAACUAUUUUCGGCGUUCUGGGUUCGUUGGUGCAUAUACCGCUCGAGGAAGCUGGCGAAAGGCAUCUGUUUCUGUGUACUAGUGCGCGCUUCUCAUCGGGGGUGGAAGAUGCGGCGCCCGGUGUUCCGCUGCCGGAUGGGCAAACUCUGGCCAGAGGGGUUACCGGUGAGCUUGGCACGGGCGUAUACUCAAUUGACGCGAAUGGCGAAUGUGCAACUGUCAAGGUUGAAAGGCUACUGGCCAUGUUUCGGGAGCAGGGCACCGCUGGGCAGGCGUUCGACAGAGUUGAAAACGAUAUCAGCAAAAUCCUGAGCUCAGGCGCAAAAGAAUGA